AUGUCAUUACUGAUAACAACGGAACUGACCUCUAAUUAUGCUAUCCAGAACUCUUCUUACAAUAGGAAUUACAAGUAGUAUAAGUGCAAAGAGGCAUUUAACUGUGUUAAAAAGUUAAUACAUUAGGAAAAAAAUGGCUAUGGUGACAAUGCACUCUGUGCAGUCGAACAGAAACAUUAGCAUGCAAUUGUCACAACACAAAUGUAUUUAAAAAAGCUUGACACAGCUAAUUUGUUAGUUAUAUAAAUUUUUGGAUCACUCUUUGAAGCAGAAACAAGACGAAUUUCAAUUUUGUUAGCCUUUGUAAAUAGUUUACAUAUUUUGCAGGAAUCGCAACAUGAUGUAUAAGUCUGGUAAUUAUGUAGUGUGCAAAAUUAAAUGUAAAAGCUCUUGCAUGAAAAUGAUUAACAAUUUUGUAUGUGCAUCAUUUGCAAAAUUUAGUAGCAGUUCAUAUUAUACACUUUUCAGUACUUCAAGAUAAGGAAAAGGUAAUUUCAGCGAAAGGAAGAUAAUCGCUAUUACUGA